GUGUGUUCUGUGGACGGCACCUUCCCAGACAGCCCGGCAGAACGCAGCUCGGCGCCCCCAGCCUUGGACGCGAUGUUCCGCAGGAGCUUUAAUCGCUUUUGUGCUGGAGAAGAGAAACGAGUUGGUACACGCACGGUGUUUGUUGGCAAUCAUCCAAUUUCAGUAGCAGAAGAUUACAUUGCACAAAGAUUUUGUGAUAAUAGGAUAGUCUCAUCUAAGUAUACACUUUGGAAUUUUCUCCCAAAGAAUCUGUUUGAACAGUUUAGAAGAAUUGCAAAUUUUUAUUUUCUCAUAAUUUUCCUUGUACAGGUCACAGUAGAUACACCAACUAGCCCAGUUACCAGUGGACUUCCACUUUUCUUUGUUAUAACUGUUACAGCCAUCAAGCAGGGAUAUGAGGAUUGGCUGAGACACAGAGCUGACAAUGAAGUCAACAAGAGAAAUGUUUACAUUAUUGAAAAUGCAAAGCGAGUUAGAAAAGAGAGUGAAAAGAUCAAGGUCGGUGAUGUAGUAGAAGUACAGGCAGAUGAAACUUUUCCCUGUGAUCUUAUUCUUCUAUCAUCCUGCACUAGUGAUGGAACCUGUUAUGUUACUACAGCCAGUCUUGAUGGGGAAUCCAAUUGCAAGACACAUUAUGCAGCAGUACGUGAUACCACUGCACCAUAUACACCUGAAUCCAUUAAUACCCUCCGAGCAGCGAUUGAAUGUGAACAGCCACAACCUGACCUCUACAAGUUUGUUGGGCGAAUCAGUAUCUAUAAAAAUACUCUCGAGGCUGAUGCGAGGUCUUUGGGACCUGAAAAUCUCUUGUUGAAAGGAGCUACACUGAAAAAUACCGAGAAGAUAUAUGGAGUUGCUGUUUACACUGGGAUGGAAACCAAAAUGGCUUUGAACUACCAAGGGAAAUCUCAAAAACGUUCUGCUGUUGAAAAGUCCAUUAAUCUCUUCUUGAUUGUGUAUUUAUUUAUCUUACUGACCAAAGCUGCAGUAUGCACUAUUCUAAAGUAUAUUUGGCAAAAUACCCCAUAUAAUGAUGAACCUUGGUAUAACCAAAAGACCCAGAAAGAGCGGGAUACUUUGAAGGUUUUGAAAAUGUUCACCGACUUCCUAUCAUUUAUGGUUCUGUUCAACUUUAUCAUUCCUGUCUCCAUGUAUGUCACAGUAGAAAUGCAGAAAUUCUUGGGCUCCUUCUUUAUUUCAUGGGAUAAGGACUUUUAUGAUGAAGAAAUUAAUGAAGGAGCCCUGGUUAACACAUCAGACCUUAAUGAAGAACUUGGUCAGGUUAGAACUUAUUUUUACUUAAAAUAA